UGUAGUAACUGACUUAAUAAUGAGUGGAAGAGGCAAAACCGGAGGCAAAGCCAGAGCCAAGGCUAAGACUCGCUCAUCCAGGGCAGGACUGCAGUUUCCCGUCGGCCGUGUUCACAGGCUUCUCCGCAAAGGCAACUACGCCGAGCGCGUCGGUGCUGGUGCUCCUGUUUAUCUGGCGGCUGUGCUCGAGUAUCUUACCGCUGAGAUCCUGGAGUUGGCUGGAAAUGCCGCUCGGGACAACAAGAAGACCCGCAUCAUCCCCCGUCAUCUGCAGCUGGCGGUGCGCAACGACGAAGAGUUGAACAAACUUCUGGGCGGAGUGACCAUCGCUCAGGGCGGUGUGCUGCCCAACAUCCAGGCUGUGCUGCUGCCCAAGAAGACCGAGAAACCCGCCAAAUCCAAAUAAGUGGACUCAAGUCUGUCUUGUUGAAACCCAACGGCUCUUUUAAGAGCCACCCAUUUUAUUAAAUAGAGAGUACUUUUCUUUGUUAAUAUUUACGAAUACCAUAAGCAUGUUUAGUUGAGGGGAGAAAAUUGACCCGUCAAA